AUGCCCAGCGUAAGACUGCUCAGCAUCGUUCAUCGCUGGUUUGUGCCAGGCAACGCUAUCAGCUGGGUCCCCUGGCAACUUCGAUUGUCCGAAAAACAAUACCAAGAGAUCAUCGAGAGCCGCACAACCAAAACGCUCCGCACUGAGGCCGCCUUCCUCAGCACCGCACUCUUCGAUGAUACUCCCGAAUUGCCGGUUGAUCACCUUCGCCUCAGCCCCGCAUGGUUAGGACGCAUACAAACCGUCUUCUGCAAUGCCAUCGCACUGUGCAAGGGCGCACACCUGCAGCGCCUCAAGGCCUAUGAUAAGAAAAUCCUGGACCUAGCAACGCAGGCGCCCGCGGACCCCUCGCUCCGCACAGUGUCCACGAGUGAGCUCGUCUCGGCAGAUCGCAAACUCUGGAAAGAGAUCUCCAGUCUGCACAGCGCCGGCUGGAACCUUGACGACGCACUGCACGAAAUGACGACCGUCCGCUCGGACGUCGGCAACCUCCUGCAGCUCCGCGCAAGGCCGCCACCGCCACCGCUUCGUCCACCCCGCGACCCCAACGCACCGCUUCGGGGCAAAGGCAAAACCGGCAAAGGCAAAACAGGCAAAGGCAACGCACCGCCCUUAAAGCGUAAAACCCCUGGUACGCCAGGCGCUUCAGACACUGCACAGCUAGACCUUGUCAAAGCGCACGGCAACAAAACGUUUUGCAUCCGCUUUAACAAGGGAACCGCCGUCAUCGUGAACUGCGCAGCCGCCCUCAGCCGGGGGAGCUCG